UAUACGGAGAAUCAUUGCACUAGAGGAAUGAAUUUAGAGUCCUUGUUUAAAAUGGAUUAUAGCAUCAUUAAUCUUGAUUCUGAUACGCUGUUGUCAUUCGAUUUAGAACUUAAUCUUUCAGAGUUUGAUAUGUUUGGGGUUGGAGAAAUUGAAAAUCUAGAAGAAAAUCAAAAUGAUGACAGAAUGAACCUUUGGACUGAACUUCAAAGUAACAGUUUGGAUAUGAAUGCUGGUUUUGACCUAUCGUACGCAGUAAUGGUGAAUCCAAGGUCGGUGAUGGCUGACAUGACCAAUUAUAGAUCGAUUUCGAAAAAUAAAGUAUACGAAUCACAAAGUGUUGCUAGCAUCAAUGAUAUGGAACGUGCCUCAGACAGAACAGAAACACCUGAAUCAGUGAAUUGGAGUCUUCAUCAAGAGCGAAAUAUAUCGGAAUCUGAACCAGAUGAUUUUUAUGAAGCUACUGAAUCAGAAGAAGAAAAUGAAGAAUUUGCAAAUGAAGAAGAAUACAAGGGAAAAAAUGGCCAAUCUUUGAAAAAAUUGUCUGCAACUAAUCUAAAUUCCACUAUUCUAUUUGAAGAAAACUUCAUUCCAUCUUUAGCACCACAGUUAGCCGAAACUGCACAUAACUCUUCUCAAUCAAAAUUAAUGAAAGUAAAUAACAUUGAAAUACAAAAAAUAAAAAUAGUUCAAAAAUUUGAGCAAACUGAACUCUUACAUAGGAAAACUUGCAACAGCAAUAUGCAAUCUCGGCUAGUUGCUCAACAGAAACCACAUAAAUCUUCACGACCUACUUACACUCUUAAAGAAGAUCAAAGAGAUUGUGCCGAGAGUGAACAAGAUAUUUAUAAUAGUUUAUGCGAACGUAAAUGUUAUCCUAAGCCAACAUAUUCAUAUUCAUGCCUGAUAGCCAUGGCUCUGAAAAAUAGUCAAACUGGAUUACUGCCUGUUUCUGAAAUUUACAAAUUUAUGUGUGACCAUUUUCCGUACUUCAAAACAGCUCCUAGUGGUUGGAAGAACUCUGUUCGACACAAUCUCUCUUUGAACAAAUGUUUUGAAAAAGUUGAAAAAGCAGACACGGGUAGCAAUCAACGAAAAGGAUGUCUGUGGGCGAUUAAUAGUUCUAGAAAACAGAAAAUGGAUGAAGAAAUGAAAAAGUGGUCUACAAAAGACCGAUCUCUUAUCCUUAGUUCUUUACUUAACCCCGAGUUUCUUGAGCUGCUUGAAAAUGGAGAAAUGAAACAUUUGUAUCAAAAUUCUGAGGAGCGAUUGCAUUCUGUUUCUGAAACAGAGUAUACUUUUCCUGAUGAGCUUGAUUGUGCUGUAGGUGCCGAUGUGCAAAGUUUGUGUCAUAAAAAUUCAAAAAAAAAUUCUUCAACGAACUUUGAUGUAGAUAGUCAAGACGAAAGUAGCAAAGAUGACAUUGAACGUAUUGAAAAAAGAUCUAUUGAUGGUAGCAUCGAAGAUUCAGUACAAUUGCAGUUUAACGUCCCUACGACAAAAGACUUUGCAGCCAAUGAAAGCAAUCAAUUGAAAGAAACUUCUAUUUAUGCAAUAAAUCCACCAAGCGUUAGUUCUAUUUAUGAAGUUGAACAGACGAAUGACAGUCCUGUUUACCAAUUUAGUUUGCCUAGUGACAGUCCUGUCUAUCAUGCUAAUGAUCUUCCGAAGAUCAUUCCUGUUUAUCAAUUUAAAAAAGCAAAUAGUAAUACAAAUAGUUGCAGUAGUUGGAGUAGCAGUAACAGUAAUACAAGUAACAGUGAUGAGUAUAGUCCUCAUGACAAAGAUAAGCAGACUGAUAAUAAUUCUGAAUAUAAGUCCAACCAAAGAAGUAACAAACGUCAGAAAUCAUUCAUGGGUGUAAUACAAAGAAUUGAUUACAACACUAAAAAUUCUUCGUUCAUUGAAGUACGCAGAAAAGUCCCAAUUUCUCGUUCUUAGGGUGUUUCCUUAAGUUUCAAUAAUAAAUUCAUAUGCAAUUUUAUCAUCUUCUUUUGGCUGGAUAUUAGGCUCUUGACUUCUGUAUUAACGAUUUUUAUUCAUCAUAAAUUUAAGCAGAAAUAUCACUAAAAAUUUUUGUAUAUAUUAGAAAAAAACUAGUAUCUCAGACGAAGAUAAUCAUAAGUUUUUACGUUAAUGAAGUAUAACAAAUUUCUGGACUUUUAAUAAAAAAUACUGUAAUUUGCAGUUUGACAACAUAAGAGUCUUGAAAUUUGAUAGACAAAAAAGUUGGAUAAAAAGGGUACAAAAUAUUCUUAUUAAAUAAAAUUUUUUUAAUACAAACUUUUUUGAUAAACUAAUGCCUUUAGUUAGAUCACUUAAUAUCGGUCAGAAGUGACUUAUAUAAAUAUAACACAACUGUGCCCAAAAGUAAUAUUGAUUCCUUUUUUAAUUAAAGGUUGCUGAAAUAUCUUACUCCAUAAAUACUUUUUUAUUUUUUCAUCUAAUGACUAACUACGAUUCAACACAAAAAGUUAAUAAAAAAUAGCAGUUCAUUAAUAAGUUGGAAUAAUGAUUCGUUAUCAAAAACACCUACCAUAACAUAAUAUAAGUUGCCGCUAAAUCACAUUAUU